GUAAACUCCAGUCUAACUUUUUAAAAGCGAAGCCUGUGCGAGUUACCGUUCUUCACUGCCCAAAAUGGCGGAGUGUUUGUCAUCUGUUGACGCACGCUGAGACACAGGGAAAAUUGUCUGAUCAAUAUUCUAUUUUUAUCUGAUUGCGUCCAUUAUUUAUCAUCACAACUCCGCGAUGCCGAUGCGAGACAGACUGGAAGAGCUGCACCAGCAGAGAGAACUCUUGGACAAAGGCGAGAAGAAACCCGGAAGAGACUCGAAGAAAAAGAUGGACGGGGGAAAAACAAUGCAGUCGUUUCUCGCUGCUGCGAGUAAAGUUGAGGAAAACUUAACUAAAAUGAAAGAUGAUGUUGCUGAGAUUAAGAAGCUUCAGCAAGAUAUGUUAAGCACUCCUUUUCCUGACAAGAGCAAUGUAGUGAAAUAUGAAUCCUUAGGAGAGCAAGUCCGGCACGAUGCCACCAAAAUUGGUGGUGCCCUGAAAGAACUGGAGAAAAAAUAUGACAUCAAAGACCUGCCAGAUGAUUCAGCGUUCAAACGUAUGAAGACUCAACAACUUGGAACUCUCACAGCUGAACUGAAUAUAUGUACUAAUGAGUAUUUCAAAACUCAGGCUGUGUACAUGGACAAAAUGAAAGGUCGUCUUCGGCGACAACUGAGUGCUAAAGGUGACGGUGGAGUGGACGAAGAAAAAAUCAAUACAAUUCUUGAUCAGGAUGCCUAUAAUGUUUUCACGGACAAUUAUAUUGGAGAUGUUCAUGAUGCAGAACAGACUUUACGUGAUUUAGAGGACCGUAAAAAAGACAUUAUGAAUUUAGAAAAAAGUGUGUCGGAAGUAAAUCAACUUUUCAAGGACAUGAAUUUGUUAGUGACAACUCAAGGGGAGACUCUAACUACCAUUGAGGAGGCGGUUGAGGGUACGGCUGUUCAUGUGGAAGGAGGCAAACAACAACUUGGAAAGGCAAAUGAGUACAGGAGUCGGGCAAGGCGGAAGAAAUUUUGUAUUUGUGGAAUUAUUUUGAUUGUUUUGCUCGUUAUUGGAAUAAUUCUAGCUAUUAUAUUCACUUCCAAUUCUUCCUGAAGUUUCUGUUUCUGAACUUGUUUAUAAUUCUAUUAGAAGGCAUUUUAAAAAAUUGAUUGAGGUUGUUUUGUAUCUGGGUACCUCUGUUGCUGUGAAUGAGGUGUGUGUGCCUCUAACUUCGGAUAUCGACUUAGAACAGUCAGAAGUCUGAGGCUUUGACAUCAUUGACACUGGUAGAGAUAAUUUUGGAUGAUAAUAAAGGUUGUCCAUGUUAUUGGAUCUUCCAAACUAACUGCUGAUUUCAUCAUCAGUGCUCUAAAGAUACUCGACGUGUUUGUUUGUUUUUGUUUUGCUUUUUUGUUUCUUUUAUUAAUUUUCAGCUGAAAAUGAGUUCUUUAAGCUCAUAAUUGGCAUGCUUCAGAUUAUUCAGAAUAUUAUUAUAACGGAUGUUUAAAUUGCUGAAAUACGAUGUGCUAGGUGUAUUUAUUUAUUUAUUUUAUCUCAUUCCAUCAUGUGCAUAGUUUCCUGGUGUAUUUUGUCACAUGACAUAAAUGAAUUUAUUUGGAAAGUAAAAGCUUCUUUUACCUCUUACCAAAACUAAUGAUUGACAAAUGUUUGCUUCUAGAGGUAGUUUUGAAGUGUAAUCAAAUGUAAUUGUAAUGAGAUAAUGAAUGUCUGCUGGCUUUUUAUAAAUAAUUUCUAUGGUAAUGUUACAGUAAAAUGGGCAGUUUCAUCAGAAUUAUCACAAGGAUAGUGUGCCUCAUUGUGAUUGGUCUGAAUUUAAAAAGAGACAUUAUAAUAGAACAUUUGACAUUUGACAAUCUCUCUCUUUCUCGCUCUCUCUCUCUUUUCCCUCUGGCACUGUGACAUCAUAAGUGGUCGGCGAUGCCAACAGCACUCAAGAACUCAAUGCUCACUUGAGGGUCUGAACAUUGCUGAUUGUGGGGUGACAACGUUAGACAAUCUCAGGUUAUAGAGUAGGAGAAUGAAGCGAUCCCUUGAAUUGUAUAUUGUGAGCUAUGCAAAUGAACUUUUGAAUCUGUUGACUUACUAUAUUGUUACUAAUAACUAUUGUAUCUGUCACAGGGGCAUAAAAAUCUGAUCUGAGGGCCACAUCCUGGGGAGUUUAUCUUAAAUUUCUUCUUUUUCUAAUGUGGAUAGGAUUAAUAGGAAUUAUUAGAGUUCUGGCGAAAAUGGCUUCGUCUUGAUUUCCCCUUGCUUGGCUUUCGCAAACUUGUAAUUUGUAAUAACUAGGAUCAUAUGAGUAUACAUUUUACUAUACUUGCAUUCAAAAUGGGGACAGCAGAUUAAAGGGAAAUAUUUUGCCUUUUGAACGCAGAUUGUUUCCCACUGCUCAUUUCAUCCCUGAUAUUCUGCUACAUUCAAGUUCAAGUGUUGUUCUUUUUGUUCUGAUCAGCCUCUGAUUUACUAAGGACAAAGCUGUGAUUUUAGAGCAAAGCUCAAAGGGGUACCAGUUCUCCAGAUGGUACGUUGCUUAAAUGUACUGCAGAUGAUAGCGGUUGUGAUCUUAGCACUUGAACAUAGGUUGUUAAAACUUAUUGAACUUUGAUCCCUCACCAAAUCGGGAUAGAAGGUUCUUCGGAGCUCAACCCUGAUCUUUAUCAUUGUCUAGAUAACUUUGGGACUUUGUUUUUUUGUUUUACACACAAUAGCCUUAAAACCAGCAAACAUACAGAUCUGUUAUAAAAAGAAAUGUAAGGAUCUAUUGCUAAACUUCUCCCCUUUCAGGAAACCUUUGUAUCAAGCCAUUCUUGUCUAGAAGAUGUAAUAAACUUCAUUGGUUGAAGAAUGUUAACAACUGUGUCAGUGAAUGUGACCAUUUUAUAUCUUUUCAGAACUUCAAAAUCAAGAAGAAGAAUUUUUUUAUGUCAAAAAAUUAUAUAAUUGUUGUUAUAUAUUUGCUUUAAAUUUGGUUUAUGGAAAGUACGCCUAUAUUUCAAAGAGGUCUAAUAUUAUAUGCCAAUUCUCUAUCCCAUAUCCUUUCAUGGUUUAUUUGAAUGAAUUUUUGCACUCACUCAAAAGAUACCAGGGUAGGGUGGCUGUUUUUUGUUAUGGCUCUCAGCCCACUCAUCUUCAACAUCUUGGUCCUCUCAGAGAUGGAUAUAUUGCAUCUUUUUCAACAGCUAGUUCUGUUCUGUGUUGGAAGUUGAGAAUCCCACACCUUGUCGCUGCUUUACCUUUACCUCAGGGUAACAUAAACAGUUUCUUGUUGAAUUGCUUUCACCAUACUCACAUUUAAAUUCCCAUUUUGAUCAACAGUUAGGUUCAAUUUUAAUAAUUAAUUAUGAAAAUGCUAAUGCUCAAAGACUGAAGCAAAUGAAUAAUACUGUAAUCUCAGUAUGGUUUCCAUGUUUUCGAGUAACAUGAAGUUGGUAUGCUUGAUUUAGUCCAUGUCCUCUGUUAAUAUCUUGUUACUCAUCAUAUGAUUUCAUGUGUUGUUACCGUGGGUAAGGUAUCACUAUCAUUUAAAAAAAUGCAAGCACAGAUAUUUACUCAAUGAAUGAAUGUGAGGUUCUGAACUGUAUUUAUAAAAAUGAUUAACUCAUUCCAGUCGCACCCAAAUCUGUCUGAAAGCACCCUGUGCCGCACUAUUUUGACCAUAUUUCCACUGACUGUAGGAACAGAAUAUCUUUCAACCCACAAAACCCAUACAUUUUUGUGAUUGUGCUUGUAUCCCCUCUCAGAAUAUCAGGUUGAUUUUAGUGUGAGGUGAUACAAACAAAUAUUACAGCUCCUGUUUGAGGGGGGAAAAAACUUGUUUUCUCUCAAAAUAUUGUUGAACAGGGUGCUCCCAUGACUAAAAAUCAUAACUUGAUAAAAACUAAUAACAAAAACCUGUUGGAAAUAAGUCUUUCUGCUGCAGUCUUCUUUUAUCUUUCCAUAAAUAACAUUCAGUGAACUCAUGGUGAUGUUGACAUUAUGUUCCCUCUCUCCUUCAAACUUGAAAAGUUUCUGAGACUUCACUCAAAUCUUGGAGUAAUUAUCAUGUCACUGAAUGUUAUUAUCAAAACAUGUAAGAAAAUUGUCUUAUAUGAGUAACAGUAACAUACAAACACAUGGUAAGAAACUAACAUUAUAAUGCUUACUGGAACUUAGAACACAAAGAUUACACCGUCUUUGAGCUCAGUUGUAUUCACAAACACAGGACAAUGAAAACACGCUAAUAAAGAAACUUUGCAGAUUGAUGGCUAUUUUCAGUUUGCAGUGGCAUAAUUCUUCACAGAAUGAGAAAUUUCCAUACAGGGAGUGGUACAGAGGGCCACCUUGCAGAAUUUGCACUGUAGUGAGGUAACCUUGCGUUUGUUCUUGAGCUCGUUUCUGUCCGCACCCCCUGCCUUCUGUUUCGAAUAGCACACGUGGCAUGCCCGCUGCGAUUUCUUGUUGUUCUGACCCACGAUUUCCUCCAUGAAAUGGCGACCAGUGAGCCUGUCAGCAUUUCCUGGCUCAGCAGCAGCUACUGUAUGAACUGCAGGAUCAGGGCCUGCAUUGCUGCUUUUGAUGAGGUCAUUUGCUACACAAAGGGUAAAUCCCUUAAAGGCAUUGUUCUUUUCCACUGAGCCCUUCUAUGCUUAUUGUACAAGCAAUGUGCCUGUACCAUUGCCAGUGUGAGAAGUGGAGUGCUAACUUCUUCCUCCACUUCACUGUUUUCCUGUGCAGUGGCAUGUAGCUGAACAUCUGGUCUGAAUGGUCGACCCCAGACAUAUACCUGGCGUACUCUGCGACAGCAAGCGGCUUAUGUUUUCGCUCAGUGCGGGUGACGAUGUCUACCAUCACAAGGAGGUGCUUUGUUGUUAAGACAUUGACAUCUCUUUUGUCUUACCAGUGGAUGGCCACAACCUGUUUUUUCGAUGGUAGUUCAUCUGGCCUGGUUGGAAGGGGUUCAGGUUGAGAUCAGGGGGCAUGCCGACCCGAUUGGAUCGGACAGUGCCAACAACAUUGGUAUUUUCAGCCACUAGUUCAGCGGCAAGUGUUGGGUUGCAAUAGUAAUUGUCUAUGAAGAAAGAUCUCCCUUCAUUUGCGAGCGGUGUCAACAGACGCCUCACCACAUCGUGUUGGGUGAAUUGCUGAGAUUCGGACUGCUGCACCAGAUUUCCAUGUACACAUAGCCGGAUUCACUUUUACAACGUUUGUACAUUUUUAUUCCCCACUUCACAGGCUUGUCCUUCAUGUAGACCCGCAAAGAAAGCCUUCCUCUCUAGGGACACAUGGCUUCAUCAAUACAGAUAUUUUCUCCUGGAAUGUACACUCUUUGAAAACUUUCUAAGAGACUAUCAAAGAGCGGUUUGAGUUUGUGUAGUGGAGUAUCAUCUUGAACCGUGCUCGCUUCAUGUAGCGAGACGCAAACGUGCUGGAGAGGACUAGGUUUGUUGACAAGUAGUCGUUGAUCUCAGGUUUGUGGACGACUCCCAUGUGGACGAGAAUGGCAAGAAAAUUCCUUAUCUCACCCUCUGUCACUGUUGUCCACUUACGAAAGAAACUUCUUGGUGACACGUUUGGAUUUUGUCUCAGCGCUGCAAGGCAGGUUGUCGCUGCGUACGUGUUUGUCUGAGAUUUCAUGUUCUUUAUCGCAUCAUCUGUUAUAAAGAGUUUAUAAAAAUCAAGCUGGGUUGCGUCUGGGUCCAUAUCGACCAAAAAUCCAGAAUUGCUGCAGAAGGACGUGUUCAGUGGGUAACGGUUCGUAUUUCUCACCCAGUCAUUCAUAUCACCAUCAGUCACAUUCUACAACAGUCUAUUCAUGUGCUGUUCAAUGUCACUUUCAUCAAAACCAUCUGAGUCUGGGUCAGCAGCACCAGGAGUUUCCUCCAGUCGGACAGAAGAGUUCGAUGAAUCUGAGCCACUAUCACUAACAUCACUGACACUGUCACCCUGGCUCAGGUUUUCAUUUUGCUCUAAAUCUGGCUCUUGUGUCACUGACACAUUGUCCCUUCCAUUAUCAACAUCAGUAUCAGUAUUAUAAGGUUCUUGAUCUGAGUUCUGAGAGUGCAAAUGAACAGUAGACGCGCCACUUGCCAACGAUUCUGCUUCAGAGUCAGAGCUUUCAGAGUUACCACUGUCACUUGAUCUAGCAGGGACACUGUCUCGUUCGACCUCAAAAUCGACUACCUGUUCUACACUUUCAUCCCUUUCCUGAACAAAGCUUUCAUCCUCUCUCUUUUCAGCAUCAUAGGUUGCUAUGUCCUCAGAAUCGGACCCAUCGGCCAUAAAUAUCUCGACAACUUCGGCUGUGGUGAAGUUUCACUUCUUCUACAUGAUUGUUCACGUCUUGACGAAACAGUGGAAAAUGGAGGGAUAGUGGGGUCUCUUACAAAAACUUUUUUCUUUUAGUAUGAAGAGCUCGCUAAAAUACAGGGGUUGUAAAUAAAAUGUACCAAAAUGGUUGGUAAUGAUAUUGACCGUAUAGUGAAGUUAGAGUGCCUCUCUAGAGGGCAGCGAUGACUGCCGCAUUAUUGUAUGCAGCACGUCGGGGUCGCUAUCUUACCCUGCCGCAUAACACGACUGGAAUGAGUUAAUGUCGCCCAUUUCCUUCUCUCCGUGUGCCUGUGUGUGAGAAUUACUUUUCAACUGAUAGGAUGUUUGCAUGUGAUGUAUGCUGAGAUAAUUGUCAUGUAAUGGGAAAUCCUAGCGUCUGUAGGCAGACAAAUUAUCCUGGACGUUUCUUCUAUGCUCCUUUGAAUUGACAAGUUCCAUUCCUUGAAGUUAACCUUUGGUACAUCCAAAGAAUGGCUCUGCUACUCACAUUCUUUUCUGUUUCGUUUAAAAUUGCCUUGUGCUGUUUUGUAAAAAACAUUGUGGUGCCUUACUGGCACACACAUACACACACUACAGCUUAAGCUUUGCCUUGACAUGUUUUUUUGUUUUUCUUAUGGUGCCUUACAUGCAUAUACUCACUGCACAUGUUUCUGUGGUGUGUGUGGUGCCUUACAUGCAUAUACUCACUGCACAUGUUUCUGUGGUGUGUGUGGUGCCUUAUGCCUCUCAAGCACACAUGCACACCACACACUUUUGUGGUGUCUUACACUUACAAAUUAUACUCCCUUACACACAUGAUGCAUUCAGUUACGCAGAAAAACACACUAUGCAUUUCUGUGGUAUUUUUAGAGCCUUCUGCACAUUCCACACAGCCAUGCUUUUCAGAAACCUGUGGUCCUUUUCUCUGGAGCACGAUGGUGUGCUGUCUAGUACUAGUAGUACUGAGUUCUUGCCUGUUAGAGAGAUUGGAUUGUGGGAUAACUCUACUGGUACAAUGUACAUCUUACCUCUUUUGUUUUCCUCUGUUAUAUUUCUGUCUGUUCAUCUUGUUUUUUCCUGCACUAAAUACUGAAUGGCAGUUUUCGUCUUGAUGUGCUAUCUCUUUUCUCAAACAAACU